ACCAAAAUUUCUCCAAAGUAUUUGCAUUCGCGGAUCAUCCAGAAUGUUUGGCGGAAAACCUGUUUUUCUCCUUAUUAUCUGUACCCUGGUAAUAAUUCAAGAUGAAAAACGCUGCUGGGUUACGGCCGCUGCACUUCCGAAUCCGCCCAUCCUGCUACUGGACCGAAUCGACCAGGCAUCUCUUCCCCGUGAUGGAGCUCCUUAUGACAGAAAUGAUGCGACAGACGUGACUAUCUUCAUUCUUGAUACUGGAGUCCUGUCUACUCACGAUGAGUUUACCAACGGCCGCGUUAGGUUUUAUAACGAUACCGUUACACCAAACUCGCCCAUUAUGGUGGACGUCAAUGGCCAUGGGACCCGCUGUGCGAGCGUAGCCGCCGGGGCCAACAUAGGAGUCGCUCGGGGCGCGACCGUAAAGAGCAUUCGGGUCGCUGGAUCCGAUGGCUUAGCCGCGGCUGACGACGUCCUCGAAGGGCUUGACAAUGUUCAACGUUGGUGGAACAGCAACCCGGGCUCUAAGUGUGUCGUCUCCUACUCACUGAUUUCCACGUCAUUUAGUACGACACUCAUCUAUGCUUUCGGGAACUUCAGCAAAAACACUGAUUGCGUGGUCGUCGUGGCAGCCGGAAACCAAGGUUCGCACUUCAGCGAGGCUAAUGCCUGUAACUACUCUCCGUCUGGAUCACCCAAUGUUAUCACGGUCGGAGGGUCGAGAGCCCGUCAAAAUGGCAUGUCCGACAGUCGUAUCGGAAUCUCCAAUUACGGUCCUUGUGUCGACAUCUACGCCCCAGCAAGAAAUAUCGAUCUCGCUGCCCCUUCCGGUAGCAGUAAUUCCAACUACCUGAGAUCAUCCGGCACCUCCUUUGCAACACCUGCGGUGGCAGGUGCUGCGGCCAUGAUUCUGUCCACCACUAGCCUGACACCUACUGGGAGGAAGUCAAUGACUGAUCUCGUCCUGGACAUCCUUGUUGCGACAAGUUCCAAGGACAAGAUGACGCAUCUUCCAGCGAGCAACGCCGCGUUUUUACCUUCCAAUAACCGCCUUCUAAACGUUGCCAGUGAUACUUACUACGCAUAAACCCCGGUGGGCGUGAUUGUUAAUGAUAAUGCAACGUGGUGAUUGACAUUGUUAAUAUUAUUGUCAUUUCCGCUGACAUUGUCAUUGUCAACAUUUAGUGAUGAUUGUAAUUGUUAUUGUCA